CUGAAGGGAAAUUUGUUGUUUGUUUGCUGGCGCUUUUAUUCAAACGUACUGUACGACCGUGCACGUUGAAAUUUAUUUUGUGAUUUUAUGCAAAAUUGAGUCAUACAAGAUGGCAAGAUGGAUAUCGAAAAUCAGCCGCGGCUUGCAAAAUACACGAUUUUGGACUUUUGCAUUGGUGAUAAUUUUGCUUAUAUUCACGAGGAUUUGUCUCAGGACUAGAGGGGAAAAGAAGUUCACAACCGAGAAUAAUCACUCUGACCACCAACAAAGAACAAAAAUAAAAACCCCUGUAAUCAAUAGCAAAGUUUUUGAGCAGCAGAGAAAAUGUUUUGAACAGUCGUGGAACAACCAUACAAACAAAGUGCAUCCAAAAGCUCCAAUUCAUCAGCUUUUGCCAGGCAUGGAAAUCAUUGAAGACAAUUCAGACGCUAUGCGACUUUCUGAAAAGUGCUCGAACAACCCCUCGGAAAGUCUGCGAGUUCUGAUGAUCAAUUCGCGAAUUGGCUCUUUUUUGCAGCGAGAAGCUCUACGUGAAACCUACAUUCCUAAUUUACUGAAAAAUAGCUCAGAACAACUAUCUUGGAUUUAUUUUUUCUCCACAAAUAAAGCCAGCACAAAAUUCAGAGGUCGAAUAAAUGCAGAAAAAAAUAAAUAUGGCGAUCUCAUAACUUUUAACACUCCUGAAGGCUACAACCUGACACCGCUGAAAAUUCUCGCUUCAAUGAAGCUCGUAAACUGCUUUUGUCCGAAUGUAGCUUAUUUUUUGAAGGCAGACGAUGAUUCCUAUUUGAGAAUCGAAGAAAUUGACCAAGAGUUGCCAAAAUUACAACAGCGGGUGGACCAAAACUUUCCCGCACUCAGACUAAGCGCAGACGGUAAGAAAUCAUCAUUAGGUCAUGCACCUCUGAACAGUGGAGGAAAAUGCAAUGUACAGCCUGUUCCGCGGAAAUACCAACAUUCGGUGCCUUUUGAUUCUAUACCUCAAAAGAUAUUUCCAUUCAAAUACUGUUGGGGUCAAAUGUCAGUUUGGUCAAAACCGGUCAUCGAAAGAAUCGUUUCUAAUUGCGCCACCCAUUGUAUUGGGUUUUACGGCGGCCAGCAAGACUUCAACUUCAGUAGACCUUGCCUGUGGAGACCAGAAGACAUGUUCCUUGGCUCCUGUAUCCAUGCUCUCUUUUCGAACGAGAUUGUCAUUGAAGAGAUUACAAAUUCAGGUCAUGCUCUAGCUCGAAAAAGCUUAUUUGAAAUGCUAUAUACCACACACCAUAUUGUAGGCAUGGAUAGGAACUCACCACAACAAAUAAAAUCAACACACCAGCUCUACAGUUUUAUCGACAAAACUUUUGGAUGAUGUAUUUCAAACUCCAUGAAUGUUGUGAAUUUAAAG